AUGCAAAAGUCCAUGGACAAGAUGGUGAGCAAGAUCAAGAGUUUGGAGAAGAAGGUUUCUGGUUCUUCAAGCAAGAAGAAGUCCAAGGCCCCCACAUUCCCUAGGAGUAGUCACUCCUCACCACCCAAAGGAGGCUCCCUGCCCAAGAGCCUCACAGAGCCUCUUCUUUCGAGCCAAGAGAAGGAGAGACAACACGCAGAGAAGGAGGAAGAGUUCCAAGGCCAGACGCUCCAGCUCGACCACCGGACUCGAUCGAGUCCAAACAGAGGAAACUCAACUCGAUCGAGCUGA